AUGACGGCUGUGGAGGAGGAUAUCCAUGGCGGCCGGGUGGAGCGGAAAAGGCUCAUUGAGUUUUGUUUCGUUUAUGCAGAAGCACAGGAUGCUCCCAGCCGUUCAUUUGCUGCCCUUGCCCAGGCAUCCCAAAAAUUGGAUGACAUGGAUGCGGCACAAGAUCAGACAUUUAGUCUUGCCAGACUGGUAACUCGUCAUAAUCCGAUAGUGUCAACCGCCUGCGUGAAAGGCUGCAUAUUUGGCCCACAGGACAGUUCUUCGACAGCCUCCCCGGAAAAGAGGAGCUCAGGCUUGAUCAACUGGAAGCUUGAUCCUGACCUGUCCAUAUUACUCCGUAUAUUCUCCAGUAUAUAUACAUAG